AGUGUUUCUGUUGCUUUGCUGUUCCGCUCAUCCGCUGUUUCAUCUCUCGUUCGUACAUCAGUACAAUCUGCAUCUCUACAAACUGUUGUUAAAUUGGAUUACUUUUACUUUUGCUGUGUAUGUUAAUAGUGUAGCAUGACAUUUCAUGUGAUUGUUAUAUUUUCUUAGAUUAUUUAACCAGGCCAAAUUAAUUAUGAUUUUCUUUAAAGAAAAAUUAUUAUCUGCAGCUCAGUUGAAGAGGCUAGGUGAACAUAAGUACAAGUAUGAUAGCUGCAGUCUCUUAGAUCCAUACCUUCAAGUUUAUUGGAAUUGGUUAGUUAGUAAAGUUCCGAUUUGGCUUGCUCCAAAUUUGAUAACAAUUUUAGGACUACUAGUGAAUAUUCUUACCACUCUACUUCUUGUUUGGUUCAGCCCUGAUGCAAAAUCAGAGGCACCAAGAUGGGCUUUUCUACUUUGUGCGUUAGGACUAUUCAUCUAUCAAAGUCUGGAUGCUAUCGAUGGCAAACAGGCCCGAAGAACAGAUUCUUCAUCCCCCUUGGGUGAACUUUUUGACCACGGCUGCGAUUCCAUAUCGACAGUGUUUGUUGCGUUGUCAGCAUGCAUAGCAGUACAGCUCGGUCACUGCCCAGCUUGGAUGUUCUUUCAGUGUUUCUGCGCAGUAACACUGUUUUAUUGUGCACACUGGCAGACAUAUGUUUCAGGUAUGUUAAGGUUCGGUCGCAUCGACGUGACCGAGGCUCAAUUCACCAUCAUGUUUAUCCAUCUGAUAUCAGCAGUUCUCGGUUCUGAGGCUUGGUCCAAUAAGGUGGGAUUUCUGGAUUUCAUAGAAAUCCGUUUUGGAGUUGUUUUAACGACAAUUGUUUGUGGAUCCAUAUCAUUUUACAAUAUCUUCAGAGUAAUAUUUACAGGGGGAGUGGGGAAAAAUGGAUCCACAGUUGCAAUGAGUUUCAUCAACUUGCAGUACAAUCAAAGUUUUGGAGCGAUUUUCUUUUUGGGAUACGGCAAAAAUUUCAUAGACUUUUGUCAGAGAUUCCAGGCCGGUGGGGCCGGUAAAAAUGGCUCGUCCGUUGCUGGGACCUCGGUGUUAUCACCAGUGAUUCCUCUGUCACUGGUCAUUGUGCCGGCCUUUAUCAUCUGGCGGAAGAGUGAGGAGAAUCUGUACGAAAACCAUCCUUGUCUGUACGUCCUGGCAUUUGGAUUGGUGGCAGCUAAAGUCACCAACAGGCUAGUGGUUGCCCAUAUGACAAAAAAUGAAAUGGAAUAUUUAGAUUCGUCAUUAUUUGGUCCAGCGAUGCUAUUCUUGAAUCAGUAUUUCAACUGCUUCAUUCCAGAGUACUAUGUUUUAUGGCUCUGUGUGAUCUGGGUGACGCUCGACCUGAUCCGCUACAGCGGGCAGGUGUGCAAAGAGAUCUGUGACUACUUACACAUAGAGCUGUUCAGAAUACCCGUCAAGGAGCACGCCACCGUACAUCACACGUCCAAAAACGUUGAUGAGGAACAUGUAAUUGAGAUCAGCGAAGAUAAAGUGCCUCUGCUAGAAUGUGAAGAUAUUGAUGAAGGAUGAUCCAGAGAGUUUGUAUUGAAAGGAAAAUGCAACAUUCGUAGAAGACUCUUGAAGAUGAUUCUUCCACGGAAUGGAAAAGAAUCGCAAUACUUACCUCGAAAGUGUUCCUCAUCCCAACCACCUGGCAGUUCAACUAGUUCAAUUUAAUUUAUGAAUAUUUACCUCAGUUAAAAAUAUGUAAAUAGGAACUUAGUGUUGUGUAACUAUAUUCUUAUCAAUGGAAAAUAAGUAUUAUCCUAAUACUGGUGUGUAGAUCAAAUAAGCUAUUUGGCUAAAAAGGCUCUUGAAAUGCAUUUAGAUUAACAUAGAAUAAUUAUGUGUCCAAUUCCAGCCAUGAAACUAUUUAUAAGUCAAUAUUGGAUAAAUUACAAGAAUACAGAGAAGUAAUGUAUGACAAAAUUGCUUAUGGGACGACUGUGCGCUUUCAGCUCUAGUAUGUUGUUCUGGAAAUAUACUUGUGACGAGCAAGGAAGAGCCUGAGCGUUGAGCACUGUGCAGAAAUUGCACAGGACACAGGGUCUUCCUCCACCGUGAGGGCAAGGGGGCGGUGUAGGAUUUUGACUAGACACCAGCGACUAGUGCUAGACACCAUUUAUGUAUGUAAGAUUGAAUGAUUCCUCUCUACAUUACUUCUCUGCGCAAGAAUUACAUAUAUAGUAUCAAAAUUGAAAUACAAAAAGCACAACAUUUAUUGAUAAAUUUUGAACUACUAAAUAAAUAUGGUAUUAGAUGGCCUUCUCAGACAUAGUUUAAUAACAGUUAUUAUACUUUAUAUCCUCAUGCAUCACAGUAGUCUGGCCAAGAUAAGUUAACCCUUAAAAGGGAAGCUGAACAACUUCCCCUUCCUUUCAAAGUCCACAAGAGCUGUUUCUUUUUUGUACACUCUGCCCAAUACGGGCAAACUCGACACGAGGUUCAACAUAGAACUGACUGAUGGGAUUCAAACCAUCAAUCUUCAGUCCUGCUCAGAGAAUUAUCUUAAACUCGGCCAUUGACCAGACACUAACAAUACAGUCUAGUUUGUGAUUAUUCAUUUAAGUUACCAUCCAAUAAUGGGUUCUUCUUAAUGUUGGUUGAUUUGAAACUAUUUGUUCAUUCCAAUAGUUCAUCAAUAUACUUGUUAAGUUGUAAUAUGUGGUUGUUUCUUCUAAUGAGAUUAUCCUGUGUGUUAAUACUCAUAAUAAACUGAAUUAUGUAGAGUAUUUGUUUCGCAAAUUGUAGGUUGUGUUGUGUUCUAAUGACACAAUAGUGUAGUGUCAGAGCUUAAAUAGGCUACUUGUUUGUAUUUUGUUGAGUUCUACAAAGUUUCCCAAAAGGGAAUUUGAUCCCCUUUUUUUAAUUGGCAUGGACAUUAAAAGUGCUUGCUUGCAUUUGUUGAUAAAAAAAAUUAUUUGUAGUCGAACUGAGGAAAUUGAAACAAUACAAGCAUUGGGAGAGCCAACAAUAAUUUAUUAAAGGAUUUACUAAUGUAAAACUUACCAACGUUACUUUGUGUUUGAAGAUAAUAUUAUCAGUUUAGUGUAAUAACUUAGAUAGAAUAGAUUAUUUUUACUCAAUUGUUUAGCUUCAAAUGAGUACAAAUGCAGGGCCGGUUCUAGGAAUUUUUCAGAGUUAAGCGAAUACCGAAUCAGCGCCACCUAGAAUCAGAGCCCCCCCAACCACACCCCCCCCCCCAUAAACGUAACUUAACACUAUUUGUGAAUUUUUUUCCCAAAAUGUUAGGAAGAACUUUUUAUAAGUGUAGGUUAGAAGAAUACUUGCAAUAAAAGACAUUAUUCAAAUAUUGCUUAUUAUUCACAGAAAUUUAACGUUUUUACUCAUCAUAUACACUUUAGCAAAACCCAAAGUUAACAGCUUAUUUCUAAAUGUGAAAUCAAUUUUUACAGGAUAACUUGGAUACGAUAUAAGUUUUUAUAAAGCCUAUUACAAUGAAAAACAGGUGUAGGUAGAUGACAAGAGAGGAAUUUUUAAUUGAAUACAUUAAACAUGUAGAAAACACGAAAACCCAAAUUUAAGUAUAACCUUGCCAAAAGAAUACAGAAUGUUCAAUUUGAACAGUUCAAAAGUUACGGUGUCGUAGGCUAACUGUUGUGUUUGUGUGAACAGCAAAUUUAAGGAUGAAGCUUAUAAGCUGCCUGAUAGUGGCGCCGCGCUGUACGCUGCCGAGCGUCAGCUCAUUACAAAUCGAAACUGCAAAUCAAUGCCUUGAGUCCUUGAGUUGAAGUGCUGGACAAGUAUACACAUUUUUCAGGUGCUGUUGGUACAAACGGAAUAAAUGCCUUUGGUGUGGUGUUUUGGAUACUUGAACUCUGAGUGAAAAAAACAAAAUUAAGUUGUUCACUUGUCAGUAAAGUUGUUUCCAAUUUUGUCUUCUAAAAAAAGAAAUUGUGUCCCGUUGGCGCCACUUUUUCGCGCGUAGUUCGCGUAUGGGUUAAACCGGCCCUGUACAAAUGAGUCCAAAAAUUGGGAAAUUACUCUCAAUGUAUCUUAAAUUAAACAUUUUUUAACCUCUUUGGAAUUUAAUUUAUAAAUAAAGUCAAUCACAAAACAAAAGCUUAAAAAAUAACCGUUUUAGUGAAUUUCCCAUAUAGCGAAUAAGCUAUUACAGUAUCGUAGGUCUCAUUGUAAGUCCUAGACCAGGGUCCAAUUUCCUUUUUAGUGUUGAUGUCCCCAAAGGCCAAAAACACCAUCCGUUCAAAUUCAUAUAUUAUAUACAGGGUGUCCCAGAACCUUCUACCAAAAUUUAGGGCAUUGUUUCUGAGUAAGAAACAUAUCUAAAUAUCAUAUUUAAAUUGUCCGGAUGUCCUUAGUCACUCACACAGCCGCCAUUUUGUUAUUUCACUUAUUAAUGCUUCCAGCAUGCUCUGCAACUUAACCUCCAGCGGUCACGUAUCACUAAAGCUGCAAGGUGUCAAUUGAUUUGUAAUAAAAUUGCCUUAAAAAAGUAAUUCUUGUAACAUUCUUGUAAAAUCAACAGUUUUCGAGUUAUUUAAGAAACAAAGUUUUAAAUGGCCACCAUUUUGUUUAAUGAAUAUGAAAAUUGUCAUAAUUUUUUGGUAGCUUUGUCUAGUAGUUUUAUACAUACUAAAAUGAUUUUGUCUUUAGUGCAUGAAAAAUAUUUAUGAGUUAUUUAGUCAGCUGGGGAAUAGAAAUGACAAUAGUUAUUAUGGCAUUAUAACCAUAUGGUACCAUAGUAAUUACGGUAUACAUGGUUACUAUGACAAAAAAAAUCUAAGAUUUUUAAAAUGCAUUUUUUCUGUAAAAAUAUACCUAACCAUUCUUGUAAUGGCUGAUUUGAAUUGGCAACUAAAUAAGUAAUGUUGAUCAAAUGUUUUGCUAACCCUGAAAAUGUGUUUACUCUUUUAAAAAGCCCCCAAAAAAUAUUUUAUAUCGUUUAUUUUGCUUUGUUCAUAUAAUGACCAUUCAAAAAAUAUUUUAUGGCUAUAUAUUUAUUUUGAUUUUAUGUUUUACUUGUGUACAAUUUUAUGCUAAAUAAGAAUCAAGCCCUCAAGUACAACAAAUAAUUUAUUUUAGUCAGUAUAUGUACACAAAACCCAAAACAUGUUUUUUGCAUGAAAUUAAAUGCAACGGUAUGGGACAACAAGGGGUCAACUAAUCAAAGUGGAAAGGGUUAUGUUUAUUUAAACAAAUUUGCAAACCAGCAUGAUCGGACUAUGGGAACGAUUUUUUUGGGGGUUUAUGGAGUAAAAAUUAGUUUUUCCCAUUUUUGACCCUCAAAACAUAAAAUUUGGCAAUUUCUUUCCAACCCAUUUUGUAGAUCUUAAAAAAAAUAAUAUUUGUAUAUUGAAGCGUUGUUGUAAGCCGGUUACAGAGAAAAUAAAAAAAUGUAAAUUUAAAAUUCCCAUGUUAUACUUAUGGGGAAUAAUUAAACUGUUUUAGUUUUCUUGUUUAUUGGUAUGUUUUGAUCGAACUUGGCCAAUUUGUUUAUUUAAUACUAAGCUAUGAACAUUUCAAUAAAAACACUAUUAAUUACCUUCCCUGUAGCACUAGUUAGUACCCAUUAAAAUUAAUUUUGCAUAAAAAGAAAAUAAAUCUAACAAUUUUAGGGGAAUAUUUGAGUAGUAGUCCAGCCAGGUAAAUGGAAAUUCGCUUAGUCUAUGGCAGGGGUAUUUUGACUUUGGUAUUAAUCACUACAGCAUGGUAAAAAAUUAUUUAAUCACAAAAAUAUAUUAAAAAAUAGUUAUCAUAAACUACCUGUAGCUCAUAAGCUAACCUACAUAACAACAAUAUGAUCACAAUGCCUUAAAAAUAAAUUAUCUCAGGAAUAAACUAUAUAAACAAUAGGCCUAGCAAUAAUAAAAAUGGUGAUGACAACUUACUUGCAAGUACAAUUGUUGGAAAUAUUUUCUGAAAUAAUGUUAAAUAUUUCAUUAGCAUUACUGGUAUAUUUCGUUCACAAAAUUUAGGUUGUUUUAGGGGAAGAAAAGGUGUUUUUUAACUUCAACCUACCUUGAAAACAAUUGGCUAUCAGCUGAGGCGAGGAGUAAAAAUAAAAAUAAUUUAUUCAACCGGCAACAUACAUUAAGCAAAGUAGAGGGGGUGGGACUUCCCCUCAAACCGUCUAAAUUUUGUGAACGGACUAUUAAUAUCUGCCAGACUAUUAUUACCGUACUUCAACAGUAGGCUAAGUAAGAUAAGAUUGCUUGGUGCGGGUUCUUUCUAGAAGGCCUAGAUUAAGUGUUCAACACGGAUUAAGUGUCCCAACACCAAACAGAUUUUAGCACUUGCCUAUAGUAAAACCACUACUUGAGGCCAAUUUUCAGCAUCGAAUAUUCAAAUAAUAGGUAUUAAAUAUAUGUUAUAAUAACACGUGAAAACUCUUUAACUAUUUUCACUUAACAAAUUUCUAAAACUGUAAUGCCUGUGAAUUCACAAAUAUUUUUUCAAAAGAUAAAAAUAACUACCUUAUAUUCAAAAACGAACCAAGGAGAAGGAUACAAGGGUGAUAAAGAUUUUGUAUUAACAAUUUUUUUUAACUCAAAAAUAUGUUGUGGAUACAGUUAUAAGCUUUCUUCGUAAAGUACUUGCCUUAAAAUAAGUUAAUUAGAUAGGAAAUUUUUGUAUUUUAUUAGUGUCUAAAUAAAUGUUACUGUCAAA